ACCUAACGCUGCUCAUUUAAGAAAUAAGUAUGCCAGUGUGGUUUAAAGAUAAUAGAAGAAAGAGGUCCUCUUUUGAAAUCUUAAAUGCCACCCUCAAUAUAACUUUCUUUCAUAUUGCAAGAAGUUGUGUAGCCACAGCACGUAUCAAUAUGCAUGCAAUGAAGCUUUUAGUCUGCACAUUGCUGUUUCUCAUCAUCACCAGUGUUACAUCGGACAAUGUUUAUAUUGUUUACAUGGGCGGGAAGGGUACAUCAAAAUCUGGAAGUUUGAGAGAGGAUCAAGCCCGGCUCAUGUACUCCCUACAAAACAGAACUGUGGUGGUGCAUGUAUACAAGCAUGGGUUCACCGGAUUUGCUGUCCAUGCUUCAGAAGAGGAAGCCAAACUGCUAGCUGCAGAACCAGGAGUCCUGUCGGUCUUUCCUGACAAGACGGUUCCACUCCACACGACAAGGUCCUGGACCUUUCUUGAGCAUCAGCAUUAUUUUGGUGAUUCAAUCUCCGCGACAUCCCACUCCGGUUCCACUGCCAAUGGAUCUGAUAUAAUCAUUGGUGUAAUUGAUUCAGGUAUUUGGCCAGAAUCUAAGAGCUUUGCGGAUGAAGGUAUGGGUCCAGUUCCGGAACGAUGGAGAGGAACUUGUGAAGAAACGAAGGAUUUCCCUGCUUCUAGCUGCAAUAGGAAAAUAAUUGGAGCAAGAAACUUUGACAAACACAACCAGACAUGCAGAGGUUUUUUUGGACAUGGCAGCCACACCGCAUCAAUAGCAGCUGGAGCAGCUGUUGCUGGAGUUUCCUAUUAUGGCUUAGCUGCCGGAACAGCCAUUGGUGGUUCACCAAAUUUCAGAAUAGCAGUUUACAAAGCAUGUCAAUCUUUGGACUGCUCUGAAUCAGCAAUUCUAGCAGCAAUGGAUGCAGCAAUCCAUGAUGGGGUCGAUAUAAUGUCUCUAUCGCUAGGAGAAGCUGAUACUGAUAUUCGGACUGACCCAGUGGCCAUUGGUGGAUUUCAUGCUGUUGAACAUGGAAUUAUGGUUGUUUGCUCUGCUGGAAAUUUAGGGCCAACAAGUUCAAGUGUAGUAAAUUUUGCACCAUGGCUAACAACGGUUGGGGCUUCCAGCAUUGACAGACAAUUCGUUGCGGGGGUUGUGUUGGGUAAUAAUGAAGUUAUCAAGGGUUCAGCCAUUCAGUUUUCUCAUUUAUGUGAAUCUCCAACAUAUCCACUGAUAGAUGGUGUCUUGGCCAAGAUCAACGGAUCUAAAGACAGUGCAUCAAGGAAUCCGACUGCCACAAUUUUGAAGUCAGAAACAAUUUUAGGUUACAAACCAGCACUGGUCAUUGCUGAUUUCUCAUCCAGAGGCCCGCCAGCUCUAGCUCCUAAUAUUCUCAAGCCAGAUAUUACUGCACCAGGAGUGAACAUUAUUGCAGCAUGGAGCAAAGUGGAGUCUCGUCGUGCAAUCCCCGGAAAAGAUUUGCCAGAUUAUGUUUUGGAAUCUGGUACUUCAAUGUCAUGCCCGCAUAUUUCUGGAGUAGCUGCCUUAGUCAAGUCACAACAUCCCACUUGGGAUCAUUCAGCCAUCAGAUCAGCGAUUAUGACUACAGCGGUUCAAAAAAAUACUGCUGGAGCUCCGAUCAGAAAACUACCAGGAUUGCAAAAAGCUACACCAUAUGAUUUUGGGGCAGGGGAAGUUAACACAGCUCAAGUAACAAAUCCAGGCCUAGUGUACGAGACGACUGCCAUCGAUUACUAUAAUUUUCUUUGCAACUAUGGAUAUAAUCUGUCAACAAUUAGGCUUAUUGCAAAAGAUAUUCCGAGGGGAUUUUCUUGUCCAAAGGAUGCAGAUGCAGAUUUGAUCUCCAAUAUGAAUUAUCCAUCAAUAGCAGUCUCGAAGUUCAAACAUGGUACACAGAGGAUAGUUACUAGGACUGUUACAAAUGUCGGUGAUGAAGAGGAUACAGUUUAUACUGUAACAGUUGAUCCUCCUGCUUCUAAAUAUCUGAAUGUUCAAGUGAUACCAAAAAAGCUGCAUUUUACAAAAGAGAAUAAAAAGCAGAGUUUUGAGGUGAUAUUCUCUACAGACUACCCAUAUGAAAGUCCUGUCUUUGGUUGGAUAACUUGGAGCAAUGAUCAGCACAGAGUACGUAGUCCGUUUGUAUUAACUGUCAACUAACAAGUUAUAUAUAUAUUAAUAAUAUCAAUCCUUUGAUGUA